AUGGCAAUGACAGAAGAUGAUCCGUCACAACAGAAACUUGAAUCGGAGUUAGGUGACAAAGCAGAACCAGAGUACCAGGAUCUCGCAGAUGAGUUGAUUCCUGGAAACACCAACAGAAAGCAGUCAAGUAGUAAACCGGUGGCUAAACCGCCGGCGGCGACUCCUUCUGUUCGACCGCCGAACACCGCUCACCCGAGCAAGAAGACAAAAACAGAAGAGGUUCCGGCCCCGGAUGUUCCAGCUUCUCUGCCAACGGAAGAGCCGGAGACGGAGUUCGACCCAGAGAUCUGCGUCACACCGUACAACCAGCCACCUGCACCAAAUCCUUCGCAAGCGCUUCCGGACAUGUCGCCGAUUAAACCGGCGACACCCGUUGAGGCGCAGGCCCGGAAGGUGGCUGUUGUCAAGAGGAAGGCGACCACUCCCCCGAGUGCCAUACCAGCCAAGCCGAGCCGCCCCUCUCAACCGCCGGAACCAGACGAAAAACCAGUGGAGCAGUGGUCACUGCAGGCCAGCCGGCUCCCCCAGCGUUACCAACAACUGGUUAAAAACAACAUCCGAGACGAACGCCAACUCAUCAGCAGACCCAAGGCCCUAGCAUACCAACCUUUGCCAGACAAUCCAGACGAGGGGGAGUUCGUAGUACAUGACUCAAGAUGCGGGAGGGACACAACGCAGUUUGCGUCACCAUCUGCCGGAGCGGAAUAUUCAGCCAAGGACUGCUACUAUUGGAGAUGGACAACCCGACAUUACAUCGCGUUCUGA